CAUUGGAGUCAACUGAUACACUGGCGCUUCUGUUCAGUGAUUUCCAACCAUGCGUUUCAAUGAACUCUGCCCGGACCCUCCCUCGCACGAAUCGUAAAGCCUCUUGGAUGGCAUGUAUAUACAGGUGCGCGCGCCCUGCUCGGCUGCUCGUGGGCACACCAGAACCAGAGGCAUCAGCCUUUGUCUCGGAUCGUACGUGUCUGCGUCCAAGAGUCUCGUCCUCCUACUCCAGCUGAUCGAUCUCGGCAACCAAUGGCAGCCAUCAUGGCGCCGCCGCCGCCGGCACUCAAAUACGAGGCGUGCCACAACGCGCAACAAGGUCUGGUGUCGGAGAGCGCGCUGCGCAUCAUCGUGGAGACGAAGGCGUGCUUCGUGGCGCUGGCGCUGGCGCUGGCCUACUUCCUGACGGCGUCGCAGCACCGGCUGUGGAGCUCCAGCCACCUCAUCAAGGGCUUCCUCUUCGCCGUGACGCAGCCCGUGACGCGGUUCCUCUUCGGCAUGUUCACCAUGCUGCUCUCCAUGCCCUUCCGGAGCGACCUCUACCUGCUCUGGGGCAUCCUCCUCCUCGCGGGCUACGAGGGCGUCUACACCAUCUCCGGCUACGGGGUCUCCGCGCGCCGCUCCGACCUCGCCGUCCACGAGUUCACGCGCGCCUACAACAUCGUCACGCUCGGCCUCUACGUGCGCUACUACUCGCACGCCUCCCAGUUCCGGUGCCCGCUCUGGGCGCUCUGGGCGCUCAUGGUCGCCAAGUUCCUGGAGCGCAUCGUCCGGUUCAAGGUCGCCAACGGCAGGUAUGGCGACGCCAGCACCAGCUUCGUCACCGACUACAUGAAGCACGAGCACAAGAUACCCUCAAAGGGCUCGGAUAACCAGCAGGACUUGUGCUUGAAAGAUUGCAACUACCUCAUCGUCGGCGACUCCGAGGCGAAGGCCGAAAGGGUGGAGAGCCAGCAGUACGAGGCUCAGUACAAGCCGGCGGAGGACACCGUCACCGUCGCCAAGGUCUGGGGGUGCGAUGGGACGCUCCUGAAAUCGAAGAAACACGGGAAAGAGCUGAGAGACGUGUGCCUCUCCUUCGCGCUGUGCAAACUCCUACGGAGGAAGUUCGCCGGCGUCGCGACGGCCGAGAGCGAGAGGCCGAAGGCGCAGCUGCUGGUCUUCGACGACCUCAUCAGCUCCGGCCGGGACCGGACGUUCCGGGUGGUGAGGACGGAGCUGGGCUUCGCGAGGGACUUGCUCUACACCAAGUACCCCAUCCUGUUCAGCUCCGGCUUCCCGGUCGUCAGCACGGCGCUGUUCGUGGUGACGGUCGGCGUGUCCGUAUGGAUCACCGUGUCGGCGGUCCGGCACUACCGGGUGCCCCACGGGAGCUCGUCUAACCUCGUCCAUGGCAAGAACGUGGACCUGCUCAUCACCUUUGUCAUCGUGGGCAUGGUCACCGGGAUGGAGGUCUGCGAGUUCUUCAUCCACCUCUUCUCCGACUGGACCAAGGUUAUGGUGGUCACCGAAUACGUCCGGAAACCGUGGCUGCGAGACUCCCCUUUCCUCAACUCCGUCCUGAACUUCAUCUGCUGCGGCAAGAUCGCCGAGCCCAUCGGCAGCUCUCUCGGACAGUUCAACCUUCUCAAGGCGACCAAGAAGCAGAGACGACGCCUCCCGGAGUGCAUCGUGAAGCUGUACCACACGGCGAGGUCCUUCGUCCUGCUCACCGGCGACGAGGACUUCCGCGUCAACAAGUGCAAGACCCUCCGGCCGGUCCCCGCGGACAUAGAGGAGAUGAUAUGCACAACGCUCGCGAACAACAGAAAAGGUUUGGUCGACGGCCAUGAGUCCCUGAAGAGGAGGACCGAGCUGGAAGGCGACGUGCUGCUUUCGGAGCACUGCAAAGCUCAGACGCACAUGGAGAGAAUCAUGGUGUGGCACGUCGCGACCAGCACGCUGGAGCUGAAAGACGCCGCCGGCGGCGGCGGUGGCCGGCAGCCGUCCGUUGUAGGAUCGAAGAAACGCUUGAUGGAUUUGGAGGACGGCCGCCGGACUCGGAGCAAAGAAGUAUCAGGAUCAGGAUCAGGCCGUGUGGACUACAGGCUCGUGGCCACCACGCUGUCCAAGUACUGCGCCUACCUGGUGUUCUACAAGCCGAAGCUGCUCCCAGUCGCCAGCAACUCCGUGAAGUACAUGUGCAACGUCCUCCUCGACGAAGCGAAAGCGAUCGACAAAAAAGAUGUAACCAACGGCGGCGGCGAGGACGAGGAGGAGGCCAAUGUGAAGCAGGGGCCGGCACAUGACAGCCCAGCAGAUGUCGGCAUAGUCUCGAGAGGCCGUAAGCUCGCUAUAGAACUUCUGGAGACGCAUGGCGGCGACGGCGGCGAAGGCCUGUGGGAGGCGCUGGCCGAACUGUGGUGCGAGCUGAUCGUGUCGAUGGCGCCGCACGGCAGCAUAGUCGCGCACCAGAAGGAGCUCGGCAAGGGCGGCGAGUUCAUCACGCACAUCUGGACGCUCCUCUACCACGCCGGUAUCGACGACAAGUUCUCGGGCUCGUCCGCCACCGCCGCCGCCGCCACUGAUGCGCCGCCUAGCAGAGACGACAACUACGGCCGGAACAUCCCCUGCUAGCUCCGCGUUCCAGAGUGUGUGUUGCUGUGUACGUUUUCUUGUACUCGUAUAAGAAGAGUCUAGGGUCGUCAGUCGUGUGUGUCCACGCAUACACGUUUCAAACCAUUGGCCCCUCCUUGCUGCUUCUCCGUUUCUGUGCGGAAAAAAUUUACAUUACCUCCCAUAACUUUCGCUAAAAUCAA